AUGAAUUAUGCAAUCAUCACCGCAUUACUUCUAUUUGCAAGCAUUCAGUUUGUAUCGAUAUUUGGAGAACUUUCAUUGCUAGAUCAUGCGCUGUUUAACUUUACGGUGAGCUUAAUGCAAAAAAUAGCGAAGGACGAUAAAUCAGCCAUUCUAUCUCCUCUUUCUGUGUCAACUUCACUGUUUAUGGUUUACCUCGCAGCGGAUGGCAAAACGAAGGAGCAAUUGCAGAAAAUUCUUGGUGGAACUUCAAGGACAUCUGAUCUUCGACAAUACUUCGCUAAUCAAAUAGCUGAUAGCGCAAACAUAAAAAGACAAAAAAUACAAGUUGAAUGUAGCAAAUCGUUUUUGCAUAAGGGAGGAUUUUCUGUAAAAGACAGCUUCAAAAGAAUGCUCCGAAUGUAUUACAACGAAACAAUGCAUGAAUUCAAUUUUGAGAAGAGGAAGGAAUUUGUUAAGGAAAUCAAUAAAUGGAUUUCGCGUAAAACAAACAAGAAAAUUAAAGAUUUAAUAAAAGAGGACAGUAUCAACAAGGAUACAAAUAUUUUGCUCAUGAAUGCAAUUUACUUCAAAGCCACUUGGAAAAACAAUUCAUGA